AUGAAGGAACCAGGAGACUCAGGGGUGAAGAAGCUCUCAGCUCUACUGGAAGACUCUCACUGUAAAUUUCAGAAAAUUCGGCUGAAUAAAAGUAAUCUGACUGUGGAGAGCUGUUCAGCUUUAGCCAGCGUUCUCAAAUUAAAGUCCUGCAGUGUGAGAGAGCUGGACCUGAGCAACAACAGUCUGCAGGAUCCAGGAGUCACUCAGCUUUCUGCUGGACUGAAACACCGUCACUGUAAACUGGAGAUUCUGAGGUUUAAUGCAUGUGCUCUAACUGAUGGAAGCGGUUCAGCUCUCGCUGGAGUUUUGAGCUCUGAAUAUUCCCAGCUGAGAGAGCUGGACCUGAGCAACAACAGUCUGCAGGAUCCAGGAGUCACUCAGCUUUCUGCUGGACUGAAGAAUCCACAGUCUCCACUCAGAACACUGAGACUGUGUAACUGCAGUGUAGCAGCUGAAGGCUGUGCUGCUUUGGCUGCAGCUCUGGAAGAAAAUCCCUCACAGCUCAGAGAGCUGGAUCUGAGCGGGAAUAAAGCAGGAGACUCAGGAAUAAAGCACAUCUCGAACCUCCUCCAGAAUUCACACUGCCUCCUGGAAACACUCAAGGUAAAUAAGAGCAGGAUGGGAAAUGAAGGCUGUGCUGCUCUGGCAUCAGCUCUGUGUUUAAACCCGUCACACCUGUUGUGUAAGUGCCGUCUCUCUGAGGAAGAUUGUGGUGCUGUUGUAUCGGCUCUGAGAACAAACCCCUCACACCUCAAGGAGCUGGACCUGAGUGAGAACACAAUUGGAGACUCAGGAGUGAAGGAGCUCUCUGAUCUACUGCACAACUCAAACUGCACUCUGGAGAAACUGAAGCUGAGUAACUGCAGUAUUACAGUGAGCGGCUGUACUGAUCUGAUAUCAGCUCUUACUUCAAACCCUUCACACCUGACAGAGCUGGACCUGAGUGAGAACACACUGGGAAAUCCAGGAGUGACUCGGAUCUCUACUCUACUAAAGAGCUCAUCCUGCAAACUCCAGACACUUCGACUUUCAGACUGUAAUAUAACAGAGAAAGGAUACACUGAUCUGGCUGAAGCUCUGAAGUCACAGCGCUCAUCACACCUGAGAGAGCUGGAUCUCAGAGGGAAUGACCCUGGAGCAUCAGGAAUGAAGGAGUUUAGGAAUUUGCUGAAUGAUGGAAAAUGUACACUGAGGUUGUUGAAAAGUCCCAAUGCACAGAAAGCUUAUGAUCAUGUGACUAAAGUUCUGGGUAUAAACCCAAUCCUGCAGACGGACCUGAAUCUGAGUGGGAAAAUCGCAGGAGAUUCAGGAGCAGAGCAACUCUCUGCUUUACUGAAGGAUCCACACUGCAGAGCUGAAAAACUUCAACUCCGUGAGUGUAAUCUGACAGAGAAAGGAUGUUCAGCUCUGCUCACAGCUCUCAGAUCAGAAUCCUCCACCCUGAGGGAGCUGAAUCUGAGUCAGAACAGGAUUCAGGAUUCAGGAGUGAAGCUGCUCUCUGCAGAACUGAAGAAUCCACACUGUAAACUGGAGACUGUGAGAUUUCGAACAGUGCACUGA